GCACAAACAACCGUUUCAGUUUUGCUACGGAUACGGACGUGAAAUGGUCAACGUUAAAUUACUGGUGUUCGCUAUCGGCGUCGUCGUCAUUGCCCGGUCGGAACGGCUUGGGGACGACCCGUUCAAUGAUGGAUUCCUGGCGCAGGUGCAACGUCACGCCAAAACCUGGACCCCGGACGCGACCUUCCGCGACGGGAUUCGGUUUGAAAACUUCCAGAACAUGAAGGGCAUUUUCGAGAGCAAAAUCGGCUUCCGGUUGCCAACGAAGAGACACGACGUGGCCUACAACAUGGAUAUUCCGGAGUUCUUCGAUGCGAGGGAGAAGUGGCCGUACUGCAAGUCGAUUUCUACCAUUAAGAACCAGGGGCUGUGUGGGGCGUGCUGGGCAGUGGCAGCGGUCAGCGUGAUGUCCGAUCGGUUGUGUAUCCACUCGGAGGGAAAGUUCGAUGUGGAACUGGCUGCGGAGGACCUGAUGGGAUGCUGUAAGGAUUGUGGCAAUGGAUGUAACGGAGGAUUUUUGGACGGGACUUCGUUCCAGUACUGGGUGGAUGUGGGAUUGGUGAGCGGUGCGGCGUACAACAGCACGGACGGAUGCAAGCCGUAUCCGUUUAAGCCAUGUUUGUAUCCGUUUGUGGGAUGCCAUCCGGAGAAGACACCUUCGUGUACUCAUCAUUGCACUGAAGGGUAUGACGGAACGUACCGAAGGGAUAAAUACUACGGAUCGGCGGCAUACAAACUUCCGAACGAUGAGCGGAUGAUCCAGCUGGAGAUUAUGACCAAUGGACCGGUUGAGUCUGGAUUUUCGGUGUAUCAGGAUUUGUAUCUGUACAAAACCGGAGUGUACCAACACGUGGUGGGACGAGAGGUAGGAAAGCAUGCGGUCAGGUUGAUUGGAUGGGGUAAGGAACGAGGCGUACCAUACUGGUUGAUAGCCAAUUCGUACGGCGAAGAUUGGGGUGAGCAUGGCUACUUCAAGUUCCUCCGUGGUUCGAACCAUUUGGGAAUCGAGUCAGUAGUGAUCGCCGGACUUCCCAAGGUGUAAAGGCCAGAUUUCGGCAUGCAAUCAAUUGGCGAAAGUUCGUAAAAAAUCUAAUAUCGGCUUUGUUUUAUUUUCACCUUCCGUUUUGCUUCCGACGUCUCUGCUUCUUUUUUCAUAAAUGGAUUCCUGCUUUGUUUCCACUGAACGCGCGAUUUAGCAACAGCAAUUUCUUAAAAACUACAUUCUUCCCUUUCAUUUGCCCGCUCUCAUUGUUUACUACUUAUUUUUCCUAACGCCCACACAAAAGUAUCCAAUUUGCAAUACAAAUACCUCUCUACAACACUAUUGGUUCGAUUCACAAAAUUGUUUCGCAAUAUAUGUACUGUCCUACAACUGCCAGGAGGAACAGCGAAUCGGCAUGAAAUUCAGCAACUCUAAAUCGCGUGUUCCCUCCUAAUAGCAGAGAUUUUUACAUUAAAUAUUGUGUUACUUUGCUUGCGUGUGUCUUACGUUCUAUUUUACGGACUGUUUCCUUCAUUUGUUUCCUUAUUAAACUUCAUUUGUAUAAACUUUGUUUUCUGAUUUUUUGUAACAACGAUUUUCCCUUCAAAAGAAAAGAAAUCCCUAAUGCUGACUGUUAGCUUCUAAACCCAUCCACAGUACUUUCGCUUAUUUGUUUUAAUUGUUUGCUUUAUUCUCUCGGUUCACAAAUGCGCGCAGCUUAUUUAGAUAUAAAUAGUAAAAUUACCGGAGCAAAAAGCUCCAUCGUCCACGCCAUUCAUUCCACAUCCCAUCAGCUCUUGGGGUACGACAACAUUCUCUCAAUUUCGCAAUAAUCUAAUCGGUUUUUGUUUAGGAAAAGAAUUUACCUAGCAGCUAGAAACAAAAGAA